AUGGAUUUAUUUGACGAUAUAUUAAAACAAGCAAGUAGUAACACUAGAAAUGCGAUUAAGGAAAUUAAGAAGAUCGACGAAGCACGUCAAAAGACCGAAAAGUGUAUGAAUGUACGAUUGGCUGCGGAACGAAAGCAAUUAAAAAUUGCGAAACCUCCUCCUGAAAAACCGAAAUUUGUCAUUCCGAAGAAAAAAACGAAAGAAGGUUCAGACGUCGAUAAGAGCAGAAUAGCUUUAUUUCUAAAGAAAAAGGAGGAAGAGAAGCGAAAAGCUAUAACUGAGAAAAAGAAGCAAAAGGAGGAGCUUAUAAAAUUAAGGUUGCAAAGUUAUGGUGGAAAGGCAAAUAAAAAGCUUGCUAAACAGUUUGGUAGCACUCCAAUUGAACUGCAACAAAAGUACGGUAAUGAUCGCGAACAUGAAGAACAUCUGAAAAAACAGCAGAUUAGAGAGGAGGAAGAAGCUGAUCGCCUCAAUUGUGAAUUACGCGGAAGUGUUGUGAGGGCCUUGGAACGAAAGAAGGUAGCUGAAAAAAUAGCAGAUGCAGGAUCUUGCAAAAAUGGUCCUUAUAGAGUCGCCAUUAACAAAAAGAAUAGUUUGAGACAUUUGACGAAAGAAGAUUCUCCAGGACCUUCCACGUCUUGUGUGCUGGAAGGUAAGUCGAGAAAAAUUGAUACGAGAGUUGCGAUUAAGCGUCGUUUACCUCCAUCGGAGUCAAAUUUCUUUUCCCUGAUGAAGAAAGCAGAAGCAAUCCAGAAUGGUAAAACUUCUCUUAGCCCACCACCGCUUGCUGCCUCACCUCCAGCAAAAAAGAAAGCGCAUAAUGGGCUGCUUGAACGAGACAUUAGGGUUAUUAGAUAUGAUCGUGAGGGCAAAUCAAAGCCAGCAAAUGAGAAUAGCAAAAAAACUGUUGGUGCACAACGAAGUUCUAUUACCACAAAGAAGGUAAGUGGUAUUCAAACUGGUCAUAACAAGGAACAGAAAGUGCCACCAUCUGUAUCUUCUGGAUCUCCCUUCACGCUGCCAUCACGGCGGUAUCUUUUAGGAGAUAUCAGAUAUCAAGGACCUCCUCCAGGGCAAUCUCAGGCAAGUUUUAAGGCAGAUAGCAAUCCUUCGAAUGUAACCAAAGCUAAUGUGAAGGAAUCUAAUGCUAAGGAUACACAAGCAAGGGGAUCUAGAAUUAUUGAGGGAAAUCUUGCAAGAGCUGAUAAUCGGCGGCAGAAUCCAUUAAGACAAAUGUUGUCGCGGGAGAAAGCAAUUGCUCGUUUCAAAGCCUAUGAACGUAUGCGUCUAAAAGAGCGACGUCGUCUAGAAGAACUGCGUCAAUCAAGAGAUGAUUUGGAUGAGGAUGUUGAUGAUGAGGAGUAUGAUAGUGAAAUGGAUGAUUUCAUUGAUGACAGCGAAUUUGAUGAACAUCUGAAACGCGGAGAUUUAGAAGAAACAUUGCGACUAAUUAACCCACGCUAUGACAAAAAUCGUUGGAAGCUAAGAGAACGGAUGAUUGACGAUCGUCACAUGGAAGCAAGUUAUCGUGAUAUUGCUCGUGAGGAAAAGCGAAGUUCAAGAAUAGGUCUUAUCGAAGACAUUCGAGAAGCUCAGUGUGGCAAAAGCGUUGCUUUAUGA